CCAAAAAAACCCCGUCUACAAAACGUAAAACCCUAGUUUCUUUCUUCCACUAUUCACUGCAUCACGAGCACUCAUGGCCAAGAAAAAAGCCGAAUCAAACCCUAAAAGCAGUACCAGUGGUACGAAGAAGAAGAAGAAGAAUUCAUUGAAGAAACUACUCUCUGGUCCGAAUGCCAUGGCUAUGAAAUCGAAGCCUGCGAACGAAAACCCUUUUGAGACUAUAUGGUCUCGCCGGAAGUUCGAUAUACUCGGGAAGAAACGCAAGGGAGAGGAAAAACGCGUCGGAUUGGCUCGCUCUCGCGCAAUCGAAAAGAGGAAGAAGACUUUAUUGAAAGAAUAUGAGCAAAGUGGCAAGUCUUCUGUAUUUCUGGACAAGCGUAUUGGUGAACAAAACGAUGCACUUGGAGAGUUUGAUAAAGCCAUCUUACGUUCUCAGCAUGAACGGAAGUUAAAAUUGAGGAAGAGUAGCAAGUAUAAUUUAUCUGAUGGCGAAGAAGAUGAUUUUGCAGUCAAUGGUGGUGGGUACUUUGGAAGGGAUGAUUUUGAGGAUGAAAUGUUGCCAGAUGAUGAUAAUGAUGCACCUGAGACUCAAAAGAAUCCAGCCAUUUUGAAACAUCUUAAUACUCCAAAUAUUCCUGAUCAAUUGGAAGCUGGUUCAACAGAAGGAGGUGAAAAUAAGCACAAGAGCAAAAAAGAAGUGAUGGAGGAGAUUAUUCUGAAGAGCAAAUUUUUCAAGGCUGAGAAGGCAAAGGAAAAGGAAAAAAAUGUAGAGUUGAUGGAGCGUUUGGACAAAGAUUUCAUGUCCUUAAUGCAGUCUCAGGCAUUCUUGUCAAUGGAUCUACCAAGCAAAAAGGACCCUUCGGAAGUGAUUUUGAAUAAGAGCAAUUUAGAUCCUGUCAGGAAGGAGAUAUCUGCUACUUCUAACAAAGUAUUUCCAAAUCAGGUACAACCUGAUGCCUAUGACAAGUUUGUUAACCAGAUGGUACUUGAUAUGCGUGCUCGCCCAUCUGACAGAACAAAGACGGAUGAAGAAAUAGCACAAGAAGAGAAAGAACGACUGGAGAGAUUAGAGGAGGAGCGCAAGAAAAGGAUGCUUGCUACUGAUGAUUCUGAUGAUGAAGGCAGUGAUGGCCAUGAAGAUACUGAUAAAGAAUAUGACCAUAAGUUACGCCCUAUCUCUGGUGAUGAUCUAGGUGAUUCCUUCUCUUUCCAUGAAGAGCCAAAGAACAGAAGGGGCUGGGUUGAUGAGGUUCUUGAGAGAAAAGAUGUAGAUGAUUCUGCAAGUGAAGCAUCUUCUGAGGAUUCAGGAAGCGACGAAGAUGAUAGUGAUGAAGAAGGAAGUGAUAAAAAUAAUAGUGAAUCUGGGAAGUCACAUUCCUUGAAGGACUGGGAGCAGAGCGAUGAGGACAACCUCAGUACAGAUAUUGAAGAAGAAGAAGAAGAAGAAGAAGAGGGGGAAGAGGAUAAGGAGGGGAAAGGCUUGCAUAAGGUGGACAACAAUAUGCAAGAAAUCAAGAACAAGAAGGCAGAUCCUUUAGAUGCGGAGAAAACAAAGUCAAGUCAGAAACAACAUCCAAUUAAACAAGGGGAGCUUCACUAUACAAUUGAAGCUCCAACAAACUUGUCAGAUUUAUGCACCUUGCUGGAUAAUCGGUCUGAUGCUGAAAUAGUUGAGGCUAUCAAUCGGAUCCGUAUAUAUAAUGCAAUCAAACUUGCGGCAGAGAAUCGGAAGAAAAUGCAAGUCUUUUAUGGCGUCUUGUUGCAAUAUUUUGCUGUCUUAGCAAAUAAAAAGCCAUUGAACUUUAAGCUAUUGAAUUUGUUGGUUAUGCCAUUGAUAGAGAUGAGUGCGGAGACCCCAUACUUUGCAGCUAUUUGUGCCCGUCAACGUAUACUUCGCAUUCGGACCCAAUUCUGUGAGGAUGUCAAGAGGCAAGAGAAAAGUUGUUGGCCUUCUUUGAAGACUUUGUUACUUCUGAGGCUGUGGUCUAUGAUAUUUCCUUGCUCUGACUUUCGACAUGUAGUCAUGACACCAGCUAUCUUGUUGAUGUGCGAUUAUCUGAUGCGUUGUCCUAUAUUGUGUGGACGGGAUAUUGCAGUAGGAUCUUUCUUAUGUUCAAUGGUUCUCUCUGUUGUUAAACAAUCUCAGAAGUUCUGUCCAGAGGCCAUAAUAUUUCUGAAAACUUUGCUUAUGUCAGCUUCAGAUGCAAAACUGGGGUCAUGCCAUCAUUCCCAGCUUUACUAUCUUGUGGAACUAAAAAUGUUGACACCAUGGCUGCGAUUACAUGAUCAUGUUUCUGAGAUUCAUACUCUAGAUUUCCUUGAUGUGAUGGACAUGCCAGAGGAUUCCUCCUUCUUUAGCUCUGAUGAUUUCCGGGUCGGUGUGCUUGUAUCUGUGGUUGAAACACUACGAGGAUUUGUUCAUAUAUAUGAUGGACUUGCCUCCUUCCCUGAAAUAUUUAUGCCCGUUUCCACUUUAUUGUAUGGAGUGGCAAAACAAGAGUUCUUGCCAGAUGUUUUACAAGAAAAUUUUGGCAAUGUUGCUGAGUUGAUAAAGAACAAAGCCAAUGAACAUCAAAUGUUGCGUCAGCCACUUCAAAUGCGGAAGCAAAAGCCAGUGCCAAACAAGCAAUUAACACCAAAAUUUGAGGAGAAUUUUGUGAAGGGUAGAGAUUAUGAUCCGGACCGUGAAAGGGCGGAGAGAAAGAAGUUGAAGAAACUUCUCAAACGGGAAGCUAAAGGAGCAGCUCGAGAACUACGCAAAGAUAAUUAUUUCUUAUCUGAGGUAAAGGAGAAGGAGAGGGCAAUACUGGAAGAGGAACGAGCUGAGAAAUAUGGGAAGGCAUGGAAUUUCCUACAAGAACAAGAACAUGCUUUCAAAUCUGGGCAGUUGGGAAAAGGCAGGAAGAGAAGAAGAUGAAGCUGUUCAUUGAGAUACCUUUAUUGCAUUGUACCUCCUUCCACAUCUCUUGCUUUGUCUGCUGAAAUCAAGGUGUUCAUCUAAUGCAAAAGUUUGGUCUAUUCUUUAUGGCAAACCUAGUAGCAAAGCACCAAGGUUGUAGCAAGUACUCUGACGUGUUCUAAGUGCAACUUGGUUUAGAUGAAUAGCUCCUGCGUCCAUAGGUUGGGAAGUUUUCUAUUUCCAUUUUGAUGCUAUGGCUACUUUGAAAACUUUGAGAUCAAGGUGGCAUGUUUUGCUUGCGAGAAGAUAAAUCAAAAGUUGGAGGAAUCUACGUUGAAGGGAAAUGUUGCUAGCUACAUUUCUAUAAACAUACUCAUGGUUAGUAAUAUCAUGUAAAUAUUAGUUCAAUAAUCAAUAAGUAAACUUUGAAAUGUGAUAGUUGUCUAAAAAGUCCGCUGUGAGAAGCAUGAAAGGUGCAGUCUAAACUUUUUUACAUUGGUAAUUGGAGGCAGAGAGAAACAAUGUUAAGACGGGAUAAGGGUUUCUAACCACUGAAUGACUUAUUUAGGUGUUUGCAUUAAUGCUACAUUUAUAUAUAUCUGCUAGAUUCUUGAUGA